AUGGGAUUCCUUUAUUUUCUGUUUAUGAGCACUGAAUUACUGUGUCUCCUCUCCAAAUUCUCCAAUGCAGCAGAUACAAUUAGUCCAUCCCAAUCUUUGAGAGAUAGCGAGACUUUGGUUUCCAUGGAAGGAAGCUUUGAACUGGGUUUCUUUAGUCCAGGUAAUUCCCAGAAACGUUACCUAGGAAUUUGGUACAAGAACAUCCCACUUAGAACAGUUGUUUGGGUUGCAAAUGGAGGCAAGCCGAUCAAUAACUCUUCUGGUGUCUUGAUGAUUAACAGCAUAGGCACACUUGUCCUGCUCAAUCAGAUAAAUGGGAGCGCUGUUUGGUCAUCAAACUCGUCAAAAAAGGCUAAGAAUCCAGUAGUGCAGCUCUUGGAUUCUGGAAAUCUUGUCCUGAGAGAUGCAAAGGACAAUGACCCGGAAAGUUAUUUGUGGCAAAGCUUUGACUAUCCAUCCAAUACUUUGUUACCAGGGAUGAAGCUUGGGUGGGACUUAAAAAGAGGUGUUAAUCGGCGUCUAUCUGCAUGGAAGAGCCCCGAUGACCCUUCUCCUGGAGAGUUUUUUUAUGAAUUGGAGCUUCAUAACUACCCAGAGCUAGUUAUAUGGUUAGGCUCCAGCAAGUACUAUCGAUCUGGGCCGUGGAAUGGCCUUCAUUUCAGUGGUGGACCUGACCUGAUUCCGAACCCAGUUUAUGAUUACAACUUUAUCUCCACAACUGAUGAGAUUUACUAUAUAUACCAGCUCAAAGUUAAAUCUUUGAUUUCAAUGAUUGUGUUGAAUCAAACCAAUUAUUCACGACAGCGUUAUGUAUGGAUCCAAGCACAGCAAACAUGGCAGGCAUAUUCAUCAGUGCCCAGAGACUACUGUGACAGAUACGGCCUAUGCGGCGCCAAUGGACUUUGUGACUUCAGUCAGUCGCCUGUUUGUCAAUGCUUGAAAGGUUUCAAGCCUAAGUCACCCAAAAAAUGGAACUUAAUGGACUGGUCACAAGGAUGUGCUCGAAAUGAGCCAUUGAACUGUGGAAAUAAAGAUGGCUUUGCCAAAUUUGGUGGGUUGAAAUUGCCAGAUACUAAUCAUACUUGGAUGAACACGAGUAUGAAUCUUAAGGAAUGCAAGGCCAAAUGCUUGAUGAAUUGUUCAUGUACUGCGUAUGCAAAUACAGAUAUUAGAGGACAAGGUAGUGGUUGCGUCAUGUGGUUUGGCGAUCUAGUUGAUAUUCGACUGUUUUCAGUUGGAGGCCAGGAAAUCUAUAUUCGAAUGUCUGAUUCAGAAUUAGGGUCGAGAACCGGGCCUAUGAUGAAGAAAGCAGUCAUAGUGGUAGCUGCCGUUGCCAUUGUUUCUGGGAUGCUGAUAACAAGCUACUACAUUUGCAAAAGAAGGACAAAGUUGAAAGAAAAAGUUGUGAACGAGAGAAUAGAGGAACCCAUCAAUGAAGGACAGGAAGAAGACUUUGAACUGCCAUCGUUCAAAAUAGCUACAAUAGCUAACGCCACUAAUAACUUUUCAGAUAAGCUUGGGGAAGGAGGCUUCGGGCCAGUGUAUAAGGGAACACUACCGGAUGGACAAGAAAUUGCCGUAAAGAGGCUGUCAGUGAAUUCUGGACAAGGAAUAAUUGAGUUAAAAAAUGAAGUAACAUUGAUCGCAAAACUUCAACACCGAAAUCUAGUGAAGCUUCUUGGUUGUUGCAUUGAAAGAGAAGAAAGGAUGUUGAUUUAUGAAUACAUGCCUAACAAAAGUUUGGACUUCUUUAUUUUUGAUCAAACAAGAGAAAAACUAUUAGAAUGGUCUAAGCGUUUACACAUUAUCUGUGGAGUCGCUCGAGGUCUUCUUUACCUUCAUCAAGAUUCCAGAUUGAGGAUAAUACAUCGAGAUCUCAAAGCAAGUAAUGUUUUACUCGAUAAUGAGAUGAACCCAAAAAUUUCAGAUUUUGGCAUAGCCAGAUCUUUCGGUAGCGAUCAGACCAUAGCAAACACAAAAAGAGUUGUUGGAACGUAUGGAUAUAUGGCACCAGAGUAUGCUAUUGAUGGGUUGUUCUCAAUAAAAUCCGAUGUAUUUAGUUUUGGUGUUUUACUGCUAGAGAUAGUCAGUGGAAAGAAAAAUAGAGGCUUUUAUCGCCUAGACUACAGCAAUCUUAUUGGACAUGCAUGGAGAUUGUGGAAAGAAGGCACACCUCUUGAAUUAGUCAACGAAUUAUAUGAUGACUGCUCCUCAUCUGAGGUGUUACGAUGCAUUCAUGUUGGUCUCUUAUGUGUGCAACAACAUCCCGAAGAUAGGCCUAACAUGUCAUCUGUGGUUCUAAUGUUGGUUAGUGAGAGCCCGAUGCCUCAGCCCAAACAACCGGGUUUCUUAAUUGAUAGGGAUCCAUUUGAAGAAGCAACUUCUUUAUCCUGCCAGAGUAAAUCACGUUCAGCCAAUGAGAUUUCUAUUACAAUGUUGGAGGCUCGAUAA